GGCCACGGUGCAAAGUUAUUUGAAUAAUUCUUUUUUUUUUGUUGUUGGUUUCCACUGUAUGUUUUUUUUGUUGUUGUGUGGUGAAGACUUAAUGACAAGUGCAAGUGCUGUGACUACGAGAGAGAGAGAGAGAGAGAUCCCAGGAGCAUCAGGAGCAGCAAAGGAUAAACCAAAGAACGCGUUUUUCUAAUCGCAUUAGCCCUGGGCCCUGGGCCCCGAGCCUGAGCCCAGUCAUACAUUCCCAAUGCCAUGGAAUAUAAACGUACGAGUGUCUAAGUACUUGUAAAAGUUGCCUUCGCACGGGGUAAUAAUUUGAAUGAUACCAGUUGCCACGAAAGGGGAGCAUCCUUGGGUGAACAGCAUCAGCAUCAGCAUCAGCAUUGAGUGCCACAACAGCAUCAGCGUUAGGAACAACUGCAACAUCAACAGCAUCAAGUGCUGGAUAAACUUUUCGCUUUCGCCAGCCAACAACCGAGAACGAACGCCGCCGCCGCCGCCUCCGCCGUCGACACGCAGCUGCGUUUCCUUUUUUUUUUCGGGGUUGAAAUAAAAUGAAGGUUUCGGAUUUCUAUCGAACACAUUCUGUAAGUCACGUCAGCCCGUGCAAAGGAUGAGGCGUCCAAGUGUAUAUAGGGCAUCAUCAUCAGCAUCUAACGCGGCGGCCCAGACCCACAAACGGGCGUCGCCGCCGCCACAAUACUCCCAGUACCCCCCCUAUAGUACUCGUCCGCAGACGACGACGACGACGACGACGACGACGACGACGAGCCUCAUCCGGCUGCUCGCCGUUGUCUCGGUAAUUGGAUCGCAGUUUCAUUCUGCUCUGGGCACUGGCACAGCAGCACAGACUGUCGAGCCGCCGGCAGGCUCAACCACAGCGAGCACACAGAACAGCAGCAGCAUCAGCAGCAGCAGCCGUCGAGCCGAGAAUAAUAAUUUAUUUUUUGAUGACCAUAAUACAACUAAGGCAAUAUCAUCAACCGCUGUUAACCCGACAGCAAGCAGCACAACCCUUUACCAGAUCCACUCCCAGUCCCAGCACCAGUCCCAGCACCAGCUCCAGCUCCAGUCCCUGAGCCAGCCCCAGUCGCAGUCCCAAAUGCCAACGAAAACGUCGGACACGCCGCACCCAGCAGCACACUUUGCCGUACCCACAGGACUGAAGCCGAGGCCAGGCAUAGCAGUGGCAGCAGCAGCAGCAGCAGCAGCAGCAGCAGUGAAAACACCACCAGACAGCAGCAAUGAGAUUAGCCAUAGCGCGCCAAUCAAAAAUUUAAUUACCAGCCUUGAGCGCACUGGGACAACAGACCUGCUGCUACCGACAACAGUCGCUGUGGCUGUGGCCGUGGCAGUGGCAACACCAAAAAGCGCUAGGAGCACCGUUAAGCAACCCAUCGACUCCACACGCUCCCGGAACCAUUGGACAGUGGGGGGUUCCGCUGCCCAUGAGACGGAGAGGCCACGAACCUUUCGCAGCAAGCACCAUCAUGAGCACCAUUGGGGGCCCUUCUUUGAGGAACCAAUCAGUUCGGUUGCCGCCGGCGAAAGCCUCGUGUCCGCCGUGCAUCUGUUCACCGAGGCGGUGCUCAAUUGUCGCGUAGGCAUGCUCAAGGACAAGACAGUGAUGUGGGUUAGACGCACCACCGAAAAGGUGUCCCUGCUCACGGUGGGCAAUGUCACAUACAGUGGAGAUCCGCGCAUACGCGUCAAGUUUCAAUAUCCCAACAACUGGCGAUUGCUGAUAAAUCCCACACAGCGCGAGGACGCCGGUAUCUACAUGUGUCAGGUUUCCACCCAUCCACCGCGGGUAUUCACAACCAAUCUAACCGUACUGGAGCCCCCAUUGAGGAUAAUUGAUGAGCAUGAACGAGAUGUGGGUGAUCGCUACUACAAGUCGGGCAGCACCGUGGACCUACAGUGCCAAAUAUCGCGCAACUUUUUCCAAAAGGAACGCUACAACAUACUCAAGACGAGCGAUCCAACAACAGCCAAAGCACUUUCAAACGAGACGGAGAAUGAACUAAAUCUGAUCGGUGACACAAAUCAAACUCAACUGAAACUAACCAGCCAGGAGCUGGAGAAAUACUUUACCAAGUUUAUUACAUGGGCCAAGGACGAAGAAGCACUCCAACCACUGACCAAUAAACGCUCAAGCGUAUCUGAAAAAUGGCUAACUAGUCGCAUCACCAUUGAGGAUGCAAAACUCUCCGAUAGUGGAAAUUAUUCCUGUUCCCUUGGCCGACUAUUUACUGUAAUUGUCCAGGUACAAGUACUCACAGGGGAAUUACCCGCUGCUGUCCAACAUAACUUGGCGACCAGAACCGAAGGAUUUUGGUGUCUCCUUUUUAUGCCUAUUGCUUUCCACUUUGUACUUCGUAGACGACAUCUUGGACAUUAGUAUGACGAAUGCCUAAGAUGAGGGAAAUAAGAAUGGAAAUUUGAAUGGAAAUUGGAAUGGAAAUUUGAUUGGAUUUCCACACGCACACACACACCACACCACACCACAGUUUACUUAGUAAAUAAUGUAUGUAUGUAAUACUUUCAGAUAACUUUCACGUGUGUGUGUGUGUGUGUGUAUGUGUGUGUGUGUGUAUAACAGAACGACAACUUGUCCAAAUCAAUAUUCAUAUAAACAAUAGGAUUUUAUAUAUCAAUUUACAUGACAUUAUCACCUACAUAUGUGAGAAUCUCUCUCUCUUAUAUGGCCUUCACGUUCUGCGCUAUCCCCCCUCCGUAGAGGAAAAAGAACACAAAACAGAACUUAAGAGAAGAACCUAAUGUGAAGAGUCUGUAUAACAGUUGGUUUUUUUUUUUUCAUACCUCCCAAAAAUGUGUGUACGCCCAAACCUUACCACAACUAUCAUGUACUCGAAUGUAUUAGCUUUAUUUAAAGAAAAUCAAAUACAACCUUUGGGUAUGAAAUUUUGUACAAAUUCCGUGAGCUUAAAUAAUAAUUCUUUUGAUUUUUGUUUGGUGUUGUUGUUUUUGUUUCCUUGUGAUGUUUUUCAAUUAGUUAUAAAUCAUACAA